AUGGCUGGUGGUGCAAGUUCAGGAGAGAGGUCCCUAGAGCAAACCUCGACAUGGGCAGUUGCGAUCGUCUGUGCCGUUUUCGUAAUUAUUUCCGUUGCCAUCGAGCACGGAAUCGAAUCACUUGCUAAGUGGUUCAAGAAACGCGAUAAGAAGUCCAUGAUUGAAGCCCUCGAAAAGAUCAAAGCAGAAUUGAUGCUGCUGGGAUUUAUUUCGUUACUUCUUACCGUUGGUACGACGUACAUCGCAAAAAUAUGCGUGCCUGAAAAGCUUGGGAAUAAAUGGCUUCCAUGCGAUAAGGAAGUGGAAAACGACGAUGAGGGGCAAAAUGGGAAGAGAAAAUUGAUAUCGUACGAUGACGAUCGAAUGGUGUGGCGUAGAUCUUUGGCUGCUGGUACUGAUAAUUAUGACUACUGUGGUGCAAAAGGGAAAGUGUCAUUGAUUUCAUAUUCAGGAGUUCACCAGCUUCACAUAUUCAUAUUUGUGCUGGCAGUUAUGCAUGUUUUUUACAGUGUUACUCUCAUGGUAUUAGGGAACGCCAAGAUGAAGAAGUGGAAGGCCUGGGAAUUGGAAACCACCUCCUUGGAAUAUGAAUUUACAAACGAUCCAGCUAGAUUUAGGUUCGCUCAUCAAACCUCCUUCGUCAGGCGUCACACUGGAAUCUACAACACUCCUGUGCUUAAAUGGAUUGUAGCAUUUUUCAGGCAAUUUUUCGGGUCUAUUUCUAAGGUGGAUUAUAUAGCCAUCCGCAAUGGAUUUAUUAACGUAAGUUUCCCCGCCGUAGGCGCGGUUGGCUAA